CUCGGCCCUGCACCAGAAUCCAACCACCAGAGUUCCAAGAGCAUCGAAGACCAGAAGAAACUUUAAACUUCUAAACCUCAGACCUGCUUCUUUUUGAGCAGCCGGGCUUUGACUUCACGUUUCCUGUCUCGGAGUUUCCUCUCAUCUUUGUGCGUUUUUCCAAAGUGUGUCGUUACACAAUAAGUGUGUGUUUGUUCUGAACGUCAGCACAACGAGCUCAACCUCCUGCAAUGUUUCCAGAGGCGAACAAAGGCUACAGCUACGAGGACUGUAAGGCCACAGCUGAUUGGCUGCUGGCCCAGACGGACGUGCGCCCCACGGUGGGCAUCGUGUGCGGGUCGGGCCUGGGGGGGCUGGCUGACAUGCUGAAGGACCAGGUCGCCUUCAACUACAAGGACAUCCCCAACUUCCCCCAGAGCACCGUGCACGGACACGCAGGCCGGCUGGUGUUCGGCACGUUGAAGGGGAGGCCGUGUGUCUGCAUGCAGGGCCGCUUCCACCUGUACGAGGGCUACCCCAUCCAGAAGAUCACGCUGCCCAUGAGGAUCUUCAAGCUGCUCGGCGUGAACACCGUGAUGCUGACCAACGCCGCCGGGGGCCUGAACCAGGACUUCAAAGUGGGAGACAUCAUGAUCAUCAAAGACCACCUCAACAUGCCGGGCUUCGCUGGCAACAACCCGCUGGCCGGACCCAACGACGAGAGGUUCGGGGUUCGAUUCCCGUGCAUGUCGGACGCGUACGACCGGGAGCUGCAGCAGCUGGCCCUGGACGUGGGCCAGGAGCUCGGGUACGGGGACUUCCUGAAGGAGGGCGUGUACUGCGUGCUGGGCGGACCCUCGUUUGAAACCAUCGCCGAGGUCCGGAUGCUGCACAGACUGGGAGCUGACGCUGUUGGCAUGAGCACCGCCCCCGAGGUGAUCGUGGCCCGGCACUGCGGCAUGCGGGUCUUCGCCCUCUCGCUGAUCACCAACAAGGCGGUGAUGGACUACGACAGCGAGGAGAAGGCCAACCACGAGGAGGUGCUGCACAUCGGGAAGCAGCGGGCGGAGCAGCUGGAGCGGCUGGUCUCCACCAUGGUCACCAGGAUGGAGCACAACAACGACUGCGUGUAGGAGGCGGGGCUGUGAAACUAGGUCCUAGUCGAGGACAAGGAGACUUUAAAGAGCUGGGAAGUCGGUGUGAGGACAGACGAGGCUCAGAGACGUCCUCUGAAGACACCUCCUGUCCCUCAGACACCGGAGGUUCCUCUGCUGAGCGCCCCCUGGUGGAGGAACCUCUUCUCUGAUGGUUUUGGGUCAUUUUAAAUGUUUUUGUUCUAACUUAAUGUUCGAUCGGUUUGUGUAAAUGUCUGUGAUUUAACUUAAUGAGCCAGAAUCUUCUGUAGAGAUAUUAAUAUGUUGUUGAAAUGUGUACAUUGAAAGAUUUGUGGUAUUUUACUGUGCUUGUUUAUUUUAAUAAGAACAUUGUUACUAAAUAUUUAUUACCAA